AUGGCUGCACAGCCUAGGCGUCCACCGAGGCGAACCUGUAUGACAUCCUCAAUAUCAGGCCUCAGCCAUGCAUCGUGGCUUUAUCCCUUGAAGAGCAUUGACCGCCUUCACAGGGCGUAUCUGCCCCAGGUCGCCUUUCUUGCCGUCUUUCAUGGACCGUCUUUGGCUUUUAUUAAUGGAGCAUUCCUUGUCCUCGGAGAAGGUGCUGCUAUCGUUGCUCUGCUUUUCGAAGCGUUCUUUGUUGACGAGACCCUCGUGGAUGUCUUCGACGCUGUUCUGAUUGACCAAGGUCAUAAGGAUCUUGUAGCCACGUCUCGAGCUCUUGACGAGCAAGCCAGAGACCCGGUCAGACAGCUCGGAAAGCCAACCUCUUCCGCGGUCUACUCACCGUUCUCCGUCCGGCAAAUUAUUGAAUUCAUUGUGUUCUUGCCCUUCAACCUCAUUCCUGUGGUCGGAACACCCAUAUUUCUGCUGCUCACAGGCUAUCGAGCGGGCCCGCUACAUCACUGGAGAUAUUUCAAGUUUCUCAAUUUCAGCAAGAAAGAGAGAAACCUUGCGAUACGUCAGAGACAACUGAGGUACACGUGGUUUGGUACUGUAGCUUUGCUGUUUCAACUGGUGCCGCUUCUCAGCAUGUUCUUCCUGCUGACCACUACCGCUGGAUCUGCGUUAUGGGUCUCACGACUAGAGCAUGCAAGGCAGAAGGCAAAUACUUCAUCAGAAGGCACAUCACAGGAGGCCUACACCGAUGAGUCUACGUGA